AUAAAAUGAAUAAUUUCGAAAAGGUUGAUGCAUUCGGAUAAUUGCCAUAAGCAAGAUUUGGACAUACAAUAACAUAUAUAGCAAAGGGAAAAGCAAUAUUAUUUGGUGGUAAGUUGAAUUGAAUAAUUGAAGGUGCAACUGGGGAUACUGGGAAAUACAGUAUAACAGGAGAUACAUUUUCAUUUGAUAUGUAAACAAAAUAAUGGAAAAGGGUUGAAGGUAUAAAGAAAAUAAAAAAUAAUUAGUAUAGGGGACAGCACCAAAUCCAAGAGCAGCACAUGCAGCAGUCUGUGUAGAUAUAAAUUAAAUAGUAAUAUAUGGUGGAGCAACAGGAGGUAUUUAUAUAGAUUUGAUAGAUAAUGAUAGGUGGUAGUUUAGCAUCGGAUGAUUUAUAUUUGUUGGAUUUGAGAUCAUCAGAUGACAUAGGAUAAUGGACUGUAGUACCAGUAGUAGGGACAACUCCAGGAAGAAGAUAUGGACAUACUUUAACAUUUACUAAACCAUUUUUAAUUGCAUUUGGAGGUAAUACAGGAUAGGAAGCAGUGAAUGAUUGUUGUAUGAAUUAAUCAUUUAAAAAUAGGGUGUGUUAAUGUGGAAAAGAGUCCCAUUACCUGGGUUAGAUUGGAAUGCAAAUCUGAAUAACCAAUAGCAAGAGUCUAUCAUUCAGCUAGUAUAUGUAUAAAUGGAAGUGCCAAUGGAAUGGUUGUAGCAUUUGGAGGUCGUUCUAAUGAUUAAUAAGCUUUAAAUGAUGCAUGGGGAUUAAGAAGACAUAGAGAUGGAAGAUGGGAUUGGGUGAAAGCACCGUAUAAAAUGGAUAAAGAAUAACCUAUUGGAAGAUAUCAACAUACAACUUUAUUUGUAUAUAGUAUGCUUGUUGUUAUUGGAGGAAGAACUGGAAAUGUUGGAGAAAUGCUUACGAUUGAUGUUUAUGAUACUGAAACUUCUGAAUGGUCUAAAUUCAAUAGUAUACAGAGAUUUAGACAUUCCUCUUGGUUAGUUGACACCAGCAUAUAUGUUUAUGGAGGAUUUGAAUUAGAUUCACCUAAUAUACCUACUGAUAUCAUUUCUAAAAUCAAUCUUAACAAAUUACUCUUGCCAAGUGAACCUUUAACUAAUAAAUUAGCUUAAUAUUAACAUGCAUAAAGAAAGUACUUCAUUUUCUUUUAUUUAGUGUUUCCCCUUAAUCACUUUCUCCAUAAAUGAGUCCUGCUUCAACAGAUACAUCUAAUUCUUCGUUAAAUAGUUCUUUAAUGCAAAAGAAAGGUGUCUAAAAUAAUUAAAUUAAUACUCAAAAACAAUAAAAACCAUUCAUGCAAAAUCAAGUUGAAAAACCUUCUUUUAAGUUUAUUAAUUAAGCUAUUGUAGCUGAAGAAACCAGAGAUAAUAAAAUUCCUAAUAAAAAACCUAGACUUCCCUAAUCUGCUCAAGACAAUAAUAUUGCUCAUCUCUUUAUCACUACACUCUUAUAACCUAAGACAUUUAUAAAUAUUCAAGAAAAUGCUAAAUUUUUAUUUUAAGCAUAACAUAUCAUCAUGUUAUGUGAUUAAGCUGAAGCUGUUAUAAGAGAAUAACCUAUGGUUUUGAGAUGUAAAGCACCAAUUAAGAUUUUUGGAGAUAUUCAUGGAUAAUACUCUGAUUUAAUGAGAUUUUUUGAUUUAUGGGGUUCUCCUUUUGUAGAUGGAAAAGAUAGUGAUAUUGAAGCAUUUGAUUAUCUGUUUCUAGGAGAUUUUGUUGAUAGAGGUAACCAUUCUCUUGAAACAAUUUGUUUACUUUUGGCUUUAAAAGUCAGAUAUCCAGAAUCUAUCCAUUUAAUUAGAGGGAAUCAUGAAGAUAAAUGGAUAAAUAAUGGAUUUGGAUUUUCAGAAGAAUGUGCUUAAAGAUUAGGUGAAGAUCCAAAUGAUGAUGAUUCUGUUUUUGCAAGAGUUAAUCGUUUAUUUGAAUGGUUACCAUUAGCUGCAAUUGUAGAGGAGAAAAUAAUUUGUUUACAUGGUGGUAUUGGGAGUUAAUUAAAUUAUGUGGCUGAGAUUGAAAAUCUAUAGAGACCUUUAGAAGUCAUUCAUGAAGUGACAACACCUGAAUAAUAAUUAGUUGUAGAUAUUUUGUGGUCUGAUCCUACAGAUUCUGAUUAAGAUUUUGGAAUCUAACCAAACAUUAUAAGAGAUCCUGCUGGUACAGGGAAUAUUGUAAAAUUUGGUCCUGAUAGAGUUAUUAAUUUUCUUAUAAAAAAUAGUCUCUCUUUAAUAAUUCGUGCUCAUGAAUGUGUUAUGGAUGGAUUUGAAAGAUUUGCAGGUAUUUAUUAUUUUUCUAGUUAGGUGGUUAAUUAUUGACAAUAUUUAGUGCUACUGAUUAUUGUGGUAGACAUAAAAAUGCAGGAGCAGUACUCAUUUUAAAAAGAAACUUAGAAAUCGUACCUAAAUUAAUAUAUCCAUAAAAUUUGAAUGCUCACAAUUGGAUUGAAGAUGAAGAAACAUUGAAAAAAAGACCUCCAACACCACCUCGUUGGAAAAACUAAGGUUAACGCAGAAGUUACGAAUGAUUAAAUUAAUUAGUUAUUAAAAAAUUUUCAAAUCGAC